GUCGCCGUGGGUCCGCUGGUCCUGUAACAACAUCCCGUGGGCCUCGCUCGGGCAGCGGGACCGGUGCAACCGCCGCCCGCCCGGAGCGCCGCCGCCAUGGCCACCAACCCGCAGCCGCAGCCGCCGCCCGCGCCGCCGCCGCCCCCGCCGCAGCCGCAGCCGCCGCCGCCGCCGCCCGGCCCCGGGACCGGCCCCGGCGCGGGCGGGCCGGGCGGCGCGGGCGCCGGCGCGGGGGACCCUCAGCUCGUGGCCAUGAUCGUGAACCAUCUCAAGAGCCAGGGCCUCUUCGACCAGUUCCGCAGGGACUGCCUGGCCGACGUGGACACGAAGCCUGCCUAUCAGAAUCUGAGACAACGUGUUGACAACUUUGUUGCUAAUCACUUAGCAACUCAUACCUGGAGCCCCCACCUCAAUAAGAACCAGCUACGAAACAACAUUAGACAGCAAGUGCUCAAAUCAGGAAUGUUGGAGUCUGGCAUCGACCGAAUUAUUUCUCAAGUUGUGGAUCCAAAAAUUAACCACACGUUCAGACCUCAGGUGGAGAAAGCUGUGCAUGAGUUUCUGGCCACGCUAAACCACAAGGAGGAAGCGGGGGGUAGUGUGACCCCUGAGGAGGAGAAGCCGGACUCUGCUGUCAGCACACAAGGUGCCCCUGCUCCUGGGCCCAGUGCCAAUGUGGCCAAUGAUGCCAUGUCCAUCUUGGAAACCAUCACUUCUCUCAACCAAGAAGCUACUGCUGCCAGGGCCUCCACAGAAACAUCAAACCCUAAGGGUGGUGAGCGGGCAUCCAAAAGGCUGCCGUCCCAGCCGAGCACUGACACCAGUGCUGAGAAGGAGAGAAUUGCAGAAGACGGGGCUGAUAAAGACAAGUCCAUGCCAGACUCUGUGGGCGAAGGACAGGAACCGGCCCCUAGGUCUGAAGAAUGUAGUGAUCUCCCUGGUCCAGCUGAAGAAACUAAAAAUCACACAAAGGAGAGUAGCAGUUCAGUUCUGCUAAAUAAAGAUGUUCAACAGGAAAGCAGUGACCAAAAAAAUAAGUCAGCAGACAAAGGUGAAAAGAAACCGGACAGCAAUGAAAAAGGAGAAAGAAAGAAAGAAAAGAAGGAAAAGACUGAUAAGAAAUUUGAUCACUCAAAAAGGAGUAAAGAUACACAAAAAGCCAAAGAGGAAAAGCAAACAAAGGAUAAAGAAGCAGAGGGCACAAAAGUUCCUUCAGAAAAGAACAGUAAUAAAGCCAAAGCCAUGGAAGGGACAAAAGAAGAUUGCUCUGCAGUAGAUUCUGACGUGGAUGGACUGACGGACAUUACGGUUAGCUCUGUCCAUACCAGUGACCUCUCGUCCUUUGAAGAAGACACUGAAGAGGAGGUUGUAAUGUCCGAUAGCAUGGAAGAAGGAGAGAUUACGUCAGAUGAUGAAGAGAAGAACAAACAGAAUAAAACAAAACCUCCACCCUGUGAGUCCCGUGAAGGAAAACCUAAGAGUGUACGGCAGGCUUACGUUCACAAGCCAUUCCUUUACUCCAAGUAUUACAGCGAUUCCGAUGACGAGCUCACGGUAGAACAGCGGCGGCAGUCCAUUGCUAAAGAAAAAGAAGAGAGGCUUUUAAGAAGGCAAAUUAAUAGAGAAAAACUUGAAGAGAAACGAAAACAGAAAGCAGAAAAGACAAAGUCUUCAAAAGCUAAGAGUCCAGGCAAAAGUAGUGUGGAUUUAGAAGAAUCAUCAGCAAAGAGUUUGGAACCUAAAGCCCCCAGAAUUAAAGAAGUCCUUAAAGAACGGAAAGUUUUAGAGAAAAAAGUAGCCUUAAGCAUAAAAAGAAAAAAAGAUUCAAGGAAUGUUGAUGAGAAUUCUAAAAAGAAACAGCAAGCAGAAGAAGAUUCCAAAGAAACACUCAAAACAAGCGAGCACUGUGAAAAGGAAAAGGUGUCUUCUUCCAAGGAUUUGAAGCAUGUUCACACAAAGAGUGAAGCAAGUAAAACUACUCGGAGGCUCUCGGAGUGUUUGCAUUCAGCGGAUGAAAGCAAAAAUGAGUCCAGAGUGGAGAGAGAACACAAAAGGCGGACCUCCACUCCCGCGGUGGUGGAAGGGGCGCAGGAGGAGACGGACACGCGCGAUGGGAAGAGGCAAGCAGAGCGUUCAGAAGCGGGUGCAGAAGAACCCCCGAAGCAGAAAGGCACCCUGAAAAGUGAAAAGCACGUCAGGAAGGAGGAUUCUGAAACACAGCACGUGAAGAACCUCCCCAAAAAAGAGACAAAGGCCUCCAAGGAGAAGCCAGAGAAAGAGAAGACUGUGUCCGAAGACAAGGCAUCUGUGAAGCAUAAACACAAAGGGGAGAGUGCGUAUAAGGCAGGCGAUGAGACGGAGGCCCACGCCCCUGAGAAAGGGGCCAAAGGGGAGGACGGUGCUCAGAAGCAAAGCCAACAAGCCAGGCUCUCCACAGAUGAGAAAGCUGAGCGGAAGAACAAGCACAGGAAUGAAAGGAAAUUGUCCAUUUUGGGCAAAGAUGGAAAGCCAGUUUCUGAAUACAUUAUAAAAACAGAUGAGAAUGUGCGUAAGGAAAACAACAAAAAGGAGAAACACCCGUUGACUGAGAAAACGAAGGCAGAGCACAAAUCGAGAAGGUCGGGUGAUUCUAAAAUUCAGAAAGAGUCUCUGAGCUCCAAGCAACAUGGAACCCCAUUACAGAGAAGAAGUGAAAGCUUUUCAGAGGAUAAGGGUGACGUGGACUCAACUCAUCUAGAUAGCAGUUCAAAACCCGAAGAGGCUGUUCCCAAGGAGAAGCGAAGAACCAAGAGCUUGCAGGAUGAAAGACCUGCGCCCAAGUCUAAAUCCAAAAGUCAAAGCAAGCCGUUAAAAGUCGGUGACACCGAGUCACAAGAAGGCGUCCCGAGACACACAGCUGCAUCCAAACCAGAUAAGGAGAGGAGCACAGAAGACAGUGACCCAGACAGACAGCGCAAGUCGAAAGCCGAGGACAGAUCCGAGGAGGCCAGUGCUGACCCUGCAGCCGAGGGUGUGGCCUCCUCGGCCCACGGCACCCAGAAGGACUCUAUUCACCGAGCAAAGCCGCUGCCGGCCAAGGACAAGCACAAGGCAGAGAGGGAGUCAGGCUCUUCCCGACCGGAGAGGAGGUUAUCAGAUGGGCACAAGGGUCGAAACGCAAAGCACAGCAGUAAGGAUGUGAGGAAGAAGGAAGAAAGCAAAUCUGAUGACAAGGAUGGGAAAGAAGUUGACAGUAAUCACGAAAAGGCCAGAGGGAGUAGCUCAGUCACAGAAAAGAAAUUGAGCAGGAGGGCGUGUGAAAAUCGAAGAGGCAGCUCAGCCCAAGAAAUGGCCAAAGGAGAAGAGAAAUCUGCAGCCAGUAGUUCCUCCUUUCAGAGACCAAAAAGAGGAGGUGAUGCCACUCAGAUUCCCGGGCAGGAACCGAUGGAGACAGACAUGGAGCCGGCCGCCGGGAACGUGCUGGAAGCAUCGAAAGCCCCAGAGAGCAGCAGCAGCAGUGCUCAGCACGAUCCUGGCCUUGAAAAUGCGAUGAAGCCAAAAGCCACAGCCACGGUCCUAAAGGAUGAGCUCCGAACUUCCACAGGAGAUGCAAAAGCUGUCCCCGCCUGCAAACCGGAACGUGGGACAGCUGCGGCUAAUAAUUCUGAAAAGCACACCAACCCUAAAAGUGCCGGGACCAAGAAAGCACACGGUCAGAGUGCUGUGUCCAAGCCGAGUCCUGGGGACAGGGAUCCCCCUCCGCCAGGAGCCCCGGAGACCAGUGUGGACCCCGAGGCCGCUCACAGAACGGUGCCUCACGUCCCGGCAGAAAACGGCCGGGCACCGAAGACUGGGAAGCACCCGAGACCCACGGAGGAGCGAGCUGUUCAAGAACAUUCCACAGAUGUGGACCCAUCACUGUCCUUAAGUCCUGUGACUGCUGGGCCUCAGAAACAGCCCCAUGGCGCAGAGGCUCCUGCAGGCGACAGAAGGCCUGUUUCAGACGGCGGCUCGGGCAGCACCGGCCUGGGGGACCGCUCGGGGCCCCCUCAGCAGAGCCUGUCUGCGAGGGAAUCAGAAGUCCCGAGGUCAAGUCACGGCAAAGAAGGCAGAGCACUUGCCGCACCAGAUGUGCCAGCAAAAGGGAGCCUAGAUAGCAAAAGGCACAUUCCAGAAGGUUCCCAGGCCACCACACUGCAUGGUAAACAAGGGAAAGCAAACAUGUCUGUGGGUAGCAAGUUAACAGACAUGACUGUGGGACAUGAGAAUAUUAGCAAAGAAAGCAGCUCGGUGGACGAGGUCAGGAGAGAGAGUACCAUGGCUACAGAGCCCACCUCCAAGCAGACUGUUAGAACUGGAGGAGAAAGCGCCAGAACGGAUGGGCCGGCUGCUGUCCCCGGCAGGAGCAUGCGCCCCGAAAAAGAUGCUCAGACCGGUGAACUUCAGCACAGCAGAGGCCCGGGUGAAGUAGGACACCCGACAGCUGCUGCAAGAAGGAAGGAGAGCAGUGAGGUCGACACCAGUGCAGGAGGUGGCACCGUUUCACACCAGAGGAAUCGGAAAGCUGAGGACGUGGCGAGGCCUUCUCUGGCCACCAGCACUGAAGGGAAGGACAAGGGCGUGACCUCGAGCCCAGUACACGCUGGGGCCGCCACCACCACUUCAGAAGCAGGCGACGGAGAGGGGGCAUUGCCUUGCAUGAGCAUCGAGGCAGACAAUGGCCUCACAGGGGCUCCCAGCGCCCACGCCCUGCCCACCGGGGCCCACGCCAGCCCGGGCACCGUGUUUGCAGCGGCGGAAGAAGGGGGGGCCGUGGUGACGGAGGGCUUCUCGGAGAGCGAGACGGUCCUCACCAGCACCAAGGAGGGGGAGAGCGGGGAGUGUGCGCUGGCCGGAUCCGGAGAGCCAGCCGCGGGCCCGGCAGCUGCCCAGGCGGCCACGGCCAACGACAGCGUCAACAGCGCUACGACGGAAGAGAAGGACGAUGCUGUGACCAGCGCCGGCUCCGAAGGGAAAUGCGAAGGCUCUUCCAGCCGGGACUCGGAAAGAGCCGGGGGGCCUGUGACCUUCACCGGGGAAGGCGAGAGCGACGGGGCCGUGACCAGCGCUGGGACAGAGCUGCGAGAGCGAUCCUUAAGCCAUGGGGGGAGAGCUGUGAGGAGAGUGGGCCCCAAAAAGGAGCCCGAGGGGACUGUCACGUGUACGGGAGCAGAAAGGGGAAGCGAAGGCACAGCUGUGUGCGCGGGCACGGGAGCGGGGCCGCAGGAAGAGCGCCUGGUGACGGGCGCGGCAGAGGUCCUGGCGGACAAUGACACCCCACCGGGAGCCGGUGUCCCCCGAGAGGGAGCGGGGUCUGUGAACGACGGGGUGGAGGGCGAGAGCGCCGUCACCAGCACGGGCAUCACGGAAGACGCCGAGGGGCCGGCCAGCUGCACGGGCUCCGAGGAGGGCAGCGAGGGCCUGGCUCUGAGCUGUGAGUCCGAAGAGAACGGGCAGAGUGCCACGGGCAGCGCCGCAGCCAAAGAAGCCACCAACGUGCCCCUGGUCGCCGCCGGGCCCGGGGACGGCGAAGACAUCGUCACCAGCACGGGUGCCAAAGAGGAGGACGAGGAAGGGGAGGGCGUGGUGACCAGCACUGGGAGAGGCAACGAGGUCGGGCCCGCCUCUGCCUGCACGGGGGUAGAGGAGGGCGAAGGGGUGCCCGUGUGUGAGAGCGCGGAGGAAGCGGACGCCCGGGUUGGGGCCGCCGUCAGCGCCCACGAAGGUAGCGUGGACAGCAUGAGCGCCUCAGACCAGGAGGUGAAGGACACGGAGAUCUGCUCCAGCGCGAAGGGGAUCGUGGAAAGCAGCGUGACCAGCGUGGCUUCGGCGAAGGCCGGGGUGGCACUGGGGCCCGGUGCGUGUGAGGGGCCCAUGACCAGCGCAGCUUCAGGCCAGAGCGAUAGGAAAGAGCACGCCGAGGAGGCCGCUAUCUCCACGGGCCUGGUGGGCGGCAGUCACGAGGGGCUGGUGUCUGCCGCAGGCCCAGAGCGGGAGGCUCAUCGCACGUCGCCCAGGGAGAAAGAAGAUGAAGGCGCCAUCACCUCUGUGGACAGUGAGGAGUGUGAUGGCCACGUGGCUGCCACCGCCAGCGACACCGUCACCAACCAGAGUCGGGGCAUGGGCCUGGUGAUUUCCACCAGCACGAUGCGUGAGUGCCCCGCGCCGCUGAGCGCCAGGACAGACGGGGAGGGUCACCCGUAUUCCCUGCGGGCCGAAGAGGGCGCGGAAGGCCCCAGGGUCAGCACGGAGGAGUUCGAGGCCCCCAUGCCCAGUGCAACCUCGGAGGAGAGCCCCGUGGCCGCUGGGGGAGAGGAGGAGAAGGACGAAUGCGCCAUGAUUUCCACCAGCCUCGUGGAGGAGUGCGAAGUGCCCGUCUCCAGCGCCAGCACCAUCCUGGGUGCGGGGGGCCAGCAGCCCGUCACAGCGGUGGGAGGAAGAGCCCCCGGCCCCGUGCUGGUCACCGAGGACUUUGAGGUGCCCAUGCCCAGCGCACCCACCAAGGCCGAGAGCCCCCUCGCCUCCACCAGCAAGGAGGAGAAGGACGAGUGCGCCCUCAUCUCCACCAGCGUGGCCGAGGGCCGCGAGGCCUGCAUGGCCGGGGUGCCCGCGGAGAGCGGAGGUGAGCAGCCGGGCACGGCCGUGGAGGAGAAGGACGGGAGCGCCGUCAUCUCCACCAGCUCCGGGGAGGACUGCGAGGGCCCGGUGUCCAGUGCCAUCGCUCCGGAGCACGUGGGCCCCUCGGCCGCGCCGGCGGAGGAGGUAAGCGACACCACGGUGAUCUCCACCAGCACCUCCGAAGGCCGGGAAGCAGCCAUGCGCGGGGCCGGGCCGCAGGAUGAAGACCGGCCUGCUGACGCAGGGCUGGAGGAUGGGAGCGAGGCCGCCCUCAUCUCCACCAGCACGGCUGAACUGGGCCCCGCCGGCCUGGAUGGGCAUGGAGAGACUCCGCCGACCGCAGGCCACCCAGAAGGGCCAGGCGGCCGCUCUGCCGCAAAGAUGAGCAAGUGUGAGGCCCCCACGCCCAGCCUCAUUGCCGAGAACAACUGUCAGUGUCCCGGGCCACUCGAAGGAGGAAAAGCAGUGAGCCCAGAGGACGGGCGGGCCAGGGUGCCAGUCAGCACACCCUCCACAGGGGGAGGCCAGUCGGGGGAGAAGAGAAUACCCUUGAGCCCCGAGGCAGAGACGGCAGGGGACAGCGGUACAGCCAGCCCUUCAGCAGGGGGGGACGUGGAGAAGAGUGCUGGCCAGCCUGCAAGCCUGAGACCAGAGCACACAUCUGGGCAGACGGCUGAGGGCUCCUCCGUCAGUACCCGCGCUAUGACAGCAGGGAAAGCUGGCCCUGAGAUGGCUGAGGGCGGGCCACCGGGCACAGGCACUGCAGUGGAGCAGCCCUGUCCUCCUGCCCAGCGGGACCCUACCACCACCGCGUGUGUUCACAGCCAAGGGCCCGACGCCACUCCUGCCCGCUCCGUCCUUCCGUAUGUCUGCAGCUCGGCUCUGCCAGCGGCCGAGUGUGAGCAGGACCUGCCCAUCGAGAGUGCUCAGGCGCCGGCUGAGAACAUGGGAGAUGGCAUGACGAAGCCAUCCCAGAAGGAAGGAGCCCUCGCGGUCACCGAUUCUCCUGGAGAAAAUGUGGGUGACAAAGGCAGCGAAGAGUCUCCAUCGUAUGGCGUGGGAGGAUUGGACUUGAAAGCCGGCUUGAAGACUGAGGUGCAGCUGCGCCAAGCUACACUUGCACCACCGGUGGAAAAGACAGCUCCUGAAAUUCCAGCACCAUCAGAAAUUCCACGUGGGAGAAAGCUGGCUGGACGAGCUGACCAGCAGAGGGAGUCUGGGUCGGUGAACGCAUCACUGAAGGUGGAAAAUUCAGGCUCAAGAACAAAUGAAGACGUUCACAGCAAGUCUCAGAACAAAGAAGAGAUCUCCAGUGCUAGAGAUGACGGCACAGAAGCCAGACGGGGUCAAGGUGCUGAAGCAGAUCCUACAGAGGUGGAGGAGAAGGAAAAGCAUACACCUAGGAGGAAAAGGAAGAAGCACUACCCCUCUUCAGAAGACGAACUGGACGAUAAUUCAGAUGCCCCGGAUUCCAAAAUAGAAGCAGCACGGAAGCAACGCUCUGAGGCUGAGCCACGGGAUGCGAAGGAAGAGAACACUGGGGAUUCGGAAGAGGCAUCUAAGACCAGUCCCAGCACGCGCUCCGCUACCGCGAAGGCCACGGAGGAGCGAGAUGAGUACAGCGGUGGCGAAGCUGCUGGCGAGAAGACAGAGCAGAAUGACGACGACAACACCAAGUCUCAGGAGGAAGACCAGCCGGUGGUCAUCAAGAGGAAGAGAGGAAGACCUCGGAAACACCCCGUGGAAACAGCGUUAAAAACAAAAGAAGAUGGCAAAGCAGAUGCCGGCGUUGUCACUGUAGAACAGUCUCCUCCUGGCGGCAAACCGAAAGUAGUGCAAGCAGAUGAGUCCAGCAAAGAAUCAGGUGCCCAGCAAGAAAAGAGCGGAAGCAACGAGGACGGCGACGAGAAGACCGUGGCAGGUGCCCGGCGGCGAGGGAGGAAGCCCAAGCGUUCGCUCACCUCGUCCGACGAUGCCGAAUCCUCGGAACCGGAAAGGAAACGCCAGAAGUCGGUUUCCGAAGCCACCGAGGACAGGAAAGACCAGGAGUCAGAAGAGGAGGAGGAAGAGGAAGAGGAAGAGGAAGAGCCCUUGGGGGCCACCACCAGGUCUGCCGCCAGGGCAGAGGCCCAGAGGUCGAAGGCACAGCUGUCCCCUUCCACCAAGCGCAAGAGGGAGGCCAGCCCGCCCGGGGCCCGCACGCGAGGCCAGCAGCAGAGAGUGGAGGAGGCGCCCGGGAAGAAGGCAAAGCGGUAAUGUGCCAGCCUCACCGUCAGCGGGCUUUCCCCGGGAAAGGACAUGCAUGUGCAAGCUUUCCUCCUCAUGUUUUAAACAGCUUUAUAAACUAUUGUCCAUAGAAGGUAUUAUGUACAUUCACUUCCGCUAAAGAAAAAUAAGUUUACUUUGUAUCUGAACUCAAGA